UAUAAUGUGGUGUUAGAUAACAACACAUUUUGGAGCAUGUAUUCUCUCAUCUAUUCAUAUAUAAAACCCAUUUAUUAGGUCAAAAAUUGAAACUGUAAUUCAAAUACGUGUUAUUUACUUCCCAAUAAUGAUACAGGCUUUCUACCUAACAAUUGUUUUGACAAUUGCCAGCACCGCCGGAGAACGUCAAAGGACCUGGACCUAUAGUGUUCAAUCGGUGAUCUGUACCAAUGAAACUCCCGAUGUCUUCGAGAUGAAAGCCGAAAAGCGUUUUGUUUCCCGUGGCGUUUACAAGACCAGCGGCAUUAUGGAGGUGAAACAAAAUCUUACCGACGCCUUUGAAGUAGCCGUUGAUGUAUUCUACAGUCCGGAGGGAAACAAAUUUACGCGCACCCCAUUUCGUGUACUCAAAACAAGUCUAUCGGAUUUUGCCAACUCCUAUUACAUACCGAUGUAUAUGAAAAGUUUUCAAAACUGUACACAUAAUGUUCCCGAGUUGUCAUCCCCAUUUCAUCCGCCAUUGCCAGUUUGUCGUGUUACCAUGUCACAGUGUCGCGUAAAUACUGAGAAUUUUCCAUCGUAUUUAAGGAGUGGCUAUUAUCGUAUGGUUCUAAGCUAUUCAGGCCAGGCAACUGGUACAAUUUCUGUGGAGGCUCAAGUGGAGCAAAAAUCGAAUAUGUAGUUGGAAGUUUGAAAGGUUGGAAAAAUUAUAUGAAAGAAGAUCUUAAUAUAUUAUGUAUAUAGGACGAGGCAAUUACGGAAAUUUAUUUUCGACGGUCACAAUUUUUAAUCAACAUCAACACCACCACUGACAUGGGUUGGAAUGCUAGCUAAUAUCAAAAUAAAACGAAAUAUCUGUUUGUUUUUAUUUAAGAAACUACAAACCAAUAGAAAAUUUAAAAGUCAAUAAAGCAAGCGAUUGUGUAAAGGUACCUAAUA